CAACGUUUGUGUGAGCAGCUCAGCAGCUGAAGGGACCGGAGUGGAGAGACUUCUGGCAUGGGUAUGAUUGGAGUGCCAACGGGGAGCAGCGAGAGGACGGGACGGUGGGAAUGCAGACAGGGUCAGAUGAUGUAGUUCACAUGAUACUGGGUGUGGCCACAGGGUCAGAGGGUGUAACCAGAGGGUCAGAGGGGAGUGUGCUUCAGGGUCUAACAGUGAGUGUUAGCGGAGAGAGUUCUCUGGAGAUGGAUCCCGGUCUCCUGGAGGGCUCAGUCCUGACUGAGCAGCAGAAGCUACGCCAUGUGUUGGACUGGGCUAAGAAUUUCCUCGGGACCAGUCAGGAUGGGCACAAUCUCAGCAGAACCUCCCCUUCCUCCCUGCAUUUGCACUCUACUUCAGCAGCGCAUCGACUCGAGGUCGGUGGAAGAGCUGCUGUCUCCCCCCUUGGAACCUUUCACAAUCUUGUCAGAAGCAGAAAUGUGAGAGAAAACAUGGUAGGCCAAUCAGAGCCUCUGACCAGGCUUCCAUACACAACCCCACUGCCCUGCCACACUCUCUCCCACACCCCAGGUGGCCGUGAGUUUUCUGGGCCUGAGUUUAAAGAGAAUCCUGGGCAUAAGGAGCUGGUCCUGUUCUCCGGGCCACAAGAGGAUAACAAUGACCAACCACGUUUCCUUGGUGUAGACAACCCUCAGGCAGACCAGACUCCCCACAAACCAAUAGCUCCUCAUCCUGAGGGGAGAGAUGGUGUUUCCAUCAGUGAGAGACUAAGAGACAGUUGCUCCUCAUUUGACAGUGACACUAUCCUAUGGUUGCCUGGAUAUGGUCCUUUAUCCAGAGCCCAUGACCUCAUAUCAAGGGAAGGGGGUUGUGGAGAGAGAGAGGACAGAGUUUUGGGAAUGCAGGAACAGAAAGAUGAGAAGGCGGUGGCGGAGGAGGAGGACCCAAAAACAGGCCUUGAGGGAACUAGUAGUAUCAUGCCUUAUGGAUCCUCUAGGGUCGCACUAGAGGGUGAACAUCUAGAUUGGGGAGCCAAUGGCUGGGUGUCAGAGGGCCUGAGUGUGUAUGAGGAGUAUCUGCUGUGUGUGUCCCGUUUGGACCACCUCAGAACAGAGCAGAACCAAGCACCUGCAGACGUCAUGACCCUACUUGCUGACGUCAUGACCCCACCUGCUGACCAAACGGCUGACCCCUCCGAGCAACCUCUGAGUGCUGAGCUGGUGGUUGCUAAGCAACAUGUCCAUCAGGACAUCCACAACGAGGGGAGGCGUGCACCAUUCAAGAGUUCAGAAGUGAAGAACAGUAGAGUGAUCCAGCCCAAGAGCAGCGGAGGUCAACCUGGUGUCAGGAGUCAGGCUCGUGUCAGAGGUCGCGGUCAUUCCUGGAGGUUCUGGGAAAGGUCAAGCCUCUCCUGGUCAUCCUUCACUCAUGGAGAAGUGCUGCCACGGUCCCAGCUCCCCAACAGACCCCACUCAGCAGGUGUAGUGUCUGAAAGUUCCUGUUCUGGACUCAGACCACCAACAACACUUCAGCUCCCUCUGGGCAGUGCUGUGAAUACCAAUGCAACUAAUAUUCCUGUGACCAGGGCUCUCAAACUGGCACCUGUAGGGGGCUGUGUACAGUGGCUGUCUCUCCCUGAUGAGGUAUGGGUAUCCAUACUGUCCCUCCUGCCACACAGAGAUCUGUCUACAGUGGCCCAGGUCUGCCUCCACUUGCUCCGACUGGCCAAUGACCACACACUAUGGAAGGUUGUUAGUGUGGAGAACAGCUCAUCUUUAACUGACCAAUGGCUGAGCAGUGUGGGUGUGCGUAAUCCUCGAAGCCUGACUAUCUACAGGUGCAGCGGACUGUCCAUCACCCCGAGCGGGCUAGAGGAGUUUUUCAAACUAAGUCAAGCUUCUCUGGAGGUGCUGAGUGUGACAAGCUGCAGUGGGCCUGGUCUCCAUGGUGACCUGGUGCUGACUCUGAGUGGUCAACACUGUGAUCACAUGACCUGUGUGGACGUCAGCUGGAGCGGAGCGACUGACACGGGCAUCAAAGCACUGACUGACACCUGCACUGGCCUGAAGACUGUUGUUCUCAAUGGUUGCCAAGUUACAGAUGAAGCCCUGAAUGCCCUCGUCAUAAGAUGCAGAGACAGUCUGCGCAGGUUGGAAGUGUUUGGCUGCCUGUCUAUCAGUCCCUCGUGUCUGAACACAGUGUCAGAGUUGUGUCCUGGGCUGGAGACUCUGAACAUCGGCCAGAUCCCUAAGGUCACUCACCCCUAUCUGACCCUGGUGACGUCACGACUCAAACGCCUUCACUCCCUUAACCUGACUGGACUGCACGCAGUGAGUGAUCAGACAGUUCAUCAGGUCCUUCUGCAGUGCCCUGAACUCCAGAGGCUGACCCUCAGCUCCUGCCCUGGAGUCACUGACAUGAGCCUGCACAAGAUCAGCACCCAUGCUCCCCACAUCAGGUUGUUGGAUCUAAGUGGCUGCGGUAAGGUGAGUGAUGCUGGUGUUAAGGCUGUAGCUGUGGCCUGUAGAUGCCUGCAGCACCUGGACCUGAGCUCCACCGCCACAGGGAACAGAGGGGUGAGCCUGUUGGCAAAGUACUGCAGCACUCAUCUCCACACUGUCAAACUGAGCUUCUGCCAGAUCAGCCCAGAGGCCAUCCACAACCUCAGCAGGCAGUGCAAACGGUUGAAGCUACUGCACCUCUACGGCUGUGCCUACAUCCCUACUGAGAAGGAGAUCAGAGACAUCAACCCCACUGUUACACUCUACCCGCUGACUUGAUACACACACUAGAGCGUUGGACCAGUAACCAAAAGGUUGCUGGGAUUGAAUCUCUGAGCUGACUAGGUAAAAAUAUGUAGUUCUGCCCCUGAGCAAGGCAGUUAACCCACUGUUCCCCUGGCGCUGAAGACGUGGAUGUCGAUUAUGGAAGCCCCUCACACUUCUGUUUCAGAGGGGUUGGGUUAAAUGCGGAAGACGCAUUUCAGUUGAAUGCAUUCAGUUGUUCGACUGACUAGGUUUUCUCAGACACACUUUUUGUUGAAAUUGAUAACACAUCUGACAAAGUCCUCCACAGUUACCACAGAGGCAUGACUCAAAUCAAAUUAAACGCUUUUUAAAUACAGCCUGUGUUGCAUAAAGAAGCAUGAAGAGUGUUCAGGGAAUUUUGAUAGGUCUCUCUCUCUCUCUCUCGCUCUAUCUCUCUCUAGGUUGAAGCUACUGCAUCUCUAUGGCUGUGCCUACAUCUCUACUGAGAAGGAGAUCAGAGACAACAACCCCACUGUUACACUCUACCCGCUGACUUGAUACACACACACAGACACACUUAUUGUUGAAAUUGGUAACACAUCUGACAAACUCCUCCACAGUUACCACGACUUUGUAAAUACAGCCUGUGUGAUAUAAAGAAUGAAGAGUGCCCACAGCACAAGUGUGUCAAGGGCCCUCCUUCCAUCCCCUCCUUCAUACAAUGAUGUGGUGUCAGGCAAGCUUUAUCCAAAUUACAAUUACAAAUUACAAUUACUAUCUAGUCAAGGUACAAAUAUUUUGUAGAUUUGUUAUUCAUUUUUUUACAUGCUGAUUGUUAGUGAAAGUUUCCCAUUAUCUAGAGGCAGCAGGUGGCCUAAUGGUUAGCUCUUUGGACCUGUAACCGAAAGGUUGCUAGGCCGACAAGGCAGUUUAACUCCCUGUUCGUUGUAAAUUAGAAUUUGUUCUUAACCGACAUGCCUGGUUAAAUA